AAUAUUUACCACUCAUUUCUUUCGUUCUCGUCCUCCCCAUCAGAAAACCAGGCAACUAACACCUCCUCUUCAGUAACGUCAGGGAGCAAAUAUGUGUCCGGUUCAUCCUCUGCAGACUACGAGUGCACCAGAUCCUCAGUCCGAAAUGGAUUAUUCUGACAGGCCUGUCUUUUUGCCUGGCGCUUGGCGGGGGAAAACCUGAGGACUGUUGGCCAUACAUAUUCCCAGCUUUUUCUCUAAGGAGCGAGGGGUCAUGCUGACGUAUACGCACACAAAGUAAGUCCAAUUGUCAUGGUUUCAUUAACACGUUCCAAUCGCUGUAAUUACAACAUUGCUAGCCACACCUUCGUCCAUAACACUGUCUUUAACAGCGGUCUUCAAUUUGGAUCAGCAAUUGGUCUCGCUGGUGUCAGCUCAAUAGAGACAUCCGUGGAGGCCAUCCAUGGGGGCUCACAUGAGUAUAAAGGAUGAGCCGCAGUAUUUUGGUUCCUCUUGACAGUUG